GCGCACAAUCAGGAGCUGAAACGCGGAAGUGGGCGAGUCGGUUCUACGGUUGUGUUUCUAUGUGAAACCUGUUAUGAAGAUUUUAGAGAGCGGUUUUAGUUCAGUGUUCACUGUUUUAGCAGUUUUAGUCGCUAUAUUUGCAGCGGUUUUACACUACAUGGAGAAUUCAACGGAAUGUGUGGAGUAUAAAGGGAUGGAUGUGGCUGCACUAGAGGAAAAAUUCAGACAAAAGAAUAAAAGUUGUUUUAUUCUUGGUGCGUCUGGAGAGACAGGAAAAGUUCUGCUAAAGGAAAUUGUGCAGCGCAAUAUUUUCACCAAAGUUACUCUGAUUGGGCGACGACAGCUGAGCUUUGAGGAUAAAGCUUAUGACAAUGUGGUGCAAGAAGUGGUGGAUUUUGAGAAGCUGGAUGAAUAUGCCCAAGCAUUUCAGGGUCAUGACGUUGGAUACUGCUGUCUCGGAACAACCAAAGCGAAAGCUGGAACUGAGGGAUUUAUACGUGUCGAUCAUGACUACGUACUGAAAUCAGCAGAACUAGCCAAAGCCGGUGGAUGUACACACUUCCACCUGGAAUCAUCUAAAGGAGCUGACAAAACCAGCAGUUUCCUUUAUCUAAAAACCAAGGGCCAAGUUGAAGCAAACAUAGAGGAGCUGGGCUUUGAGCGAUACUCCAUCUACAGACCUGCAGUGCUCUUGGUGAACAGAGAGGAGAGCAGACCAGCCGAAUGGAUGGCACGCAAAUUUCUUGGAGCUUUUUCCACUGUGUUCCCCACGGCGAUGUCCAUCCCCGUCACCGCUGUGGCUCGAGCCAUGGUGAGCAACACACUCAUCGUGGGAGAGAGAAAAACCGAGAUCCUUGAAAACAAAGCCAUUUAUAACCUCGGCAAGAUCGGGGAAAAACAAUAAGCUGUGGAUUGUUCAAGUCUCAUGUAUCAAGUACAAUUGUUUCUUUAAUUUUCUACUCCAUAAAGGGAUGUUUGGUGAUUUGGUGAUAUCCUGUUCAGGGACUUUAAAUUGCCUUGCACAUAAAACAUAAGGGAUCUUUUAGUUCAUCGGUGAGCCUUUAAGAGCUACGAGGUUUCCUAAUAGCUAGCGUUCAACAGAAGGGUUUAGCAGAAUUUCAAAUUCAAUCUUACAAGUAAAAAUCAUCAAGUAAACUUAAAGAGUUGUGUGGUUUGGGCUGGUGCAAGCAGACACCCACUAAAGAGAGUCACUAGGAAAGACAACACAAUAUUUAAAAUUUAGAUAAUUAGCUGUUAGCAAUUAGCAUAUGAAAUAGCUAAAUUCUGACAGAGGACACAGGGACCAUAAACACCUAAAAUCUCUAGCUCUGCUUAUACAGACAUAGCUAGCAUUACAGCUAAUUACACACUCAUUACACACAGUUAUAUUUGUAAGCUGACUCUCUGCUUGCGGUCACUUCCUGGUGCUCAACCUGAUGUAUACUCGCAGUGCAUUAUGGGUCACACAAACACACACCCACACACCGAACCCUUAAACAUCAGUAAAAACUAUCAAGAAGUCUAGUUCGAAGUUCUUAUUCUACCAUUUGGCACAGGGCAUGAAAUCUUACUACUGUUUAUUGCUUUAAUAAAUGAGGGACUCAUUACGUGUGUAUAUAAUCCUGUGUAUAAUUAUACAUUAACUUAUAACAGGCAAUGCAGCAUAAGUAAAACUGAUUCAAAUGACAGAUAAUCUGACUUGUAAUUGGUGCACAUCCCUCUCAUGUUUCAUUACUUGAACUGUCUGUUUUGUGCAAUAUACUAUUUGAUUUAUUUUUAUAAUUGUUUUUCCAUUUUGGCUGUUUUCUUUUGCUUUCUUUCUUUCUUUCUUUCUUUCUUUUUAACUGGAGAUGAACAGAAUUCUUUCCUUGAAUAUUAAUUAAGGUCAAAUCAACAUCUGUAAAAAUAAAUAAAUAAAUAAAUAAAUAAAUAAUCCAUAAUGAAAAAA